AUGUCUCGUACCCAACAAAAAUUACAAGCUAUGUCAGCUCAAGAAUUAUUAAUACAAGAAAAAAAACGAAUGAUCGAAGAAAAAAUACGUUUAGAUAAUACAAAGAAAAAUAAUAAUGAUUCUGUUCAGAAAAAUAAUGUGAACAACAAUUCGGAGCAUCAACUAGCAGGAAACAAUAUCUUUAAAAAUGAUGGUUCAUUUCUUGAACAAUUUCGAAAAUCACAAGAUCAAUCAUCAAUGUUAACGUCAUCGGAAAUAACAAAUCCGAAUAAUAAUAUACAACAAUCAUCAUCUUGUGGAUCAGAAUAUCUUUCUACAAAUUCUCCACAACAAUUUGGACCACCUUGGUUUCCGCCAAGUUCUCAACCUUCAUCUAUGUUUGAUCAACACGGUCUACCAUCAUUUCCAGUACCUCCAUUACCAUUCAAUCCAUCCCCAUUACCACCUCCUUCAUUUAAUGCACAAUCAGCUUUUUUUUCAUCUCCACCAUCUACCUCAAAUAAUUCAUCUAAUUUUAUUCCACCACCCUUUCUUCCACCACCUCCGCCUCCUUCAACAACAUCAUUUCCAUUACCAUCACCUGAAUUUCUUUCAAAAAUGCUUCAAACACCACCUCCACCUUUACCAGUUCCUGCUCCCGUAAAUAAUUUAUCAACAACAAAUAACAACAAUAAUAAUAAUGUCAAUAAUGCAGAUCUCUAUGAUCCAUUAAAAGUUGAAGAUGAAGAUGAAGAACAUACUGAACAAAAAAAGCUGUCAACUCAAAAACCAACAAAUAGAACAUUUAAUAUAAAAAAAGAAUAUACAAUCAAAAUUGAACCCAAUCAAUUCACAUCAACAAAUACUAAUCUUUCUUCCCUAGAACAUGAACAUCAGAAGCAUGAUAAUGGUGGAAAUCAUCGAUGUCAAGUCGCCACCACAUCGACCGAUCUUUCUACUUCGUCGGCGUUGUGGUGGAAUGCUGAUGACGAUAAUGAAGAUAUUGAUGAUCGAAAGACAAAUUCAUUGAAUAAAUCAACGACUAAUAAUCAGAACAAUGAAGAAAAUAAUCGUAAACGUAAAUCACGUUGGGGUACUACUAAACAAGAACCGGUUGAAUAUAAAUUUGUUGAACAAAUUCAUGAAGCAACGGAAAAAGCAAAAAAAUUUGUUGGACAACUUAAUGAACAAAUGAAAUUAUAUCCUGAAGGAUAUGAUGGAACAAAAAUGAAUGAUGAACAACGUGGACAAUAUGUUGAACAGAAAGAACUUCAAUCAAUCUAUCAAACGAUGAUGGUUAAAAGACGUGAAUUAGAAAAAGUUGCUCGACAACAACAACAUAAACAUGAAUAUGAUUCAGAUGAAGAAAGUGAUAAUAAAACAGGAACAUGGGAACAUCGAUUACGUACAGCUGAAAUGGAUAUAACACGAGAAUGGGCCGUUAAAUUAACUGAAAUGGCACAUGGAAAACAUCAUAUUGGUGAUUUUAUUCCAGCACAUGAAUUAGAAAAAUUUAUGAAAACUUAUUCAACAUUAAAAGAAGGUCAAACUCCUGAUGUAUCCGAUUAUCGUGAUUUUAAAAUUCAAGCUGAAAAUAUUGGUUAUCGUCUUUUGGAAAAAUUUGGAUGGAAAGAAGGACAAGGUUUAGGUAAAAAUUCACAAGGAAUUGUUAAUCCAAUUAAUAAAGGAACAGUACCAGUAAAUCAUGCUGGUCUUGGGCAAGAUCGUCCAUCAGAAUUAGAUCGUAAUGAUGAUGAAUUUCAAAUGUAUCGAAAACGUAUGAUGCUUGCUUAUAGAUUUCGACCAAAUCCAUUAAACAAUCCACGUCGAGAUUAUUAUUGA